AUGAACAUAUCACGAUGCGAUUACUCACUGUAUUCGGGAACAUUUUGGGAAAUCAAGAUACAAAGAAAUGGCAUUUGGGAUGUAAGUUCGAUAGGGAAUUUUGCUUUGCAACCGCCAUGGACAAACGUUAUUGAUGAUGCAACAUCCUUCGAUCUUUUCUUGGUUGUGACGAUUCCUCUUAUUUGUAUUGGGUCCGGAAGUUUAGUUGGAUAA